UAGGCCUGUGGGCUUAACAGGCGAGGAGGCACGGUUUCGCGGAGCGUCCGGGCGCCAUGUCCGCCGGGGCAGUGGCGGUGCUGCUGUCCUGUCUGAGCUGCUGCGGCUCGGCUGUGUGGAGAUACUACGCUAGCAGCCGAAACUACCGCAUUUUUAGUACCAGAAGUACUAUUACAUUAGAGUACGAAGGAACAUUAUUUUCUGAGUGGAGUGUGCCAGGAACUUGUUCUCUGAAAAAUAAACGUUCGCCUAAGACAGAGCUGCGCUGUUCUUCUCCGGGCAUUCAGACUAUAAGACCAAUUGUUACAGGGCCAGAUUUAGAAGAAGAACGCUAUUUAUUUGUGGGCAGUUCUAAUACUUGCUUCAUGUGGUAUCAUAGAGUUAUUCCUUUCCAUCAGAAUUUAACCCAGAUUAUCAAGAUAUGGGUAUACGAUCCAGAAAAUGCUGACCCAAAUGAGUUGCUAUGGAAUGCAGUUGUGCCAUCACUAAAAUCAUUUUGUUGAGAACCAAGAUGGCGGCAUAGGUAAACACCGGAG